AUCAGGUCAGCGAAUCCCACAAACCACGCCCGCGCGGUAACUCGUGUCGCGCGCUUCACAAUCAGCAUUGUACUAGUGUGCAAGUGAAAGAACCAAAAGUUACAAGCGUUUUUUUGUCACCGUUUCAGCAGGUUUACCUGACAGGAGGACUUUUUGUGUAGCAAGUUAAACUCAGGCAGAGCUCAAAGAACUGCGAGGACGUCUUCGGAACAAGCUCGUGGCUGCCGAGUUUAAACUGCUACCAGCGUGGAGAAGUUAUUGUUCGCCACUCCGUGGGGUUUAAAUUUCGGCUAACAGAAGCGCCCCAGGCCGAAGCAGGUUGUAAGCCCCGAGUGUUACAAACCGUAAGUUAAGUCGCAAUGGCAGCUGUGUGCCAGCCACGACGGGCCUUGGCGGAAAUACCUGCUCCACAGCCCAAAAUUGCCGCUCGAAUGAGGAGGUCCUACUUGGAAAUAUUAAGUUCACGUAUGAUCCCGACCCCGUCCCCACUUCCAAGAGGAAGAAACACAGCCGCAAGCACAAAGCGUAUGCAGUCAUUGGACUUGGCAGUUGGUGGAGCGUGGAGAGGAAGGCUAGAGGAGCAGUGUGAGAAGAUGGAUGAGCACCACACACCGCUCUCCAAACAGCAGCUUGUGCAGCUCAUUAGAUCCCUCAUCUUGGUCGAACAGAGCCAAGAGCCCAGGGUCAUGGCAUCAGACCUGAAGUAUCUACAGGAAGACCUGCAGCUAAAGAAGGCCAAUGUUUACAGGUCCAUACCUUACUCACGGUUUGGAUCCAACAGGGACGCUCACUGUUACAGAAAGGCAUACCCUCACCUGGUGGCAUUCAAAGUUUCGUGUCAGGAGUGGGGCCAAGUUCUGCUGAGGAACAAAGAUUGGGACGCCGUGUUGGAGCACUCACUGAUGGCGUGGCGUUACACCAGUGAGCUGCCGCAGUGGGACACUGCGAGCCACAACGCCCUUCGAGAGCAGUGUUACAGCAUCCUGGUGGCUCACAGCCUCACUGCUCUCCAGCACUAUUCCCCCGAACCCAACAGAGGACGCGAGCUGCUCAGAAGAAUGAAGAUGGCUCAGCUGUAUAGCCAGUCAAUUGUUCCCUGCAUACAGGAGUUGCAGAGGAUAAUGGAAUGUCUCGAUGACUCGUCCAUGGAUACAAAAUGAAAGGAGAAACCGGCAAAAGAGUGCAAAGUGUGGAUGACCCAAAAAAAAAAGUGUUUUAUGUGUGGUGAUGGGCCAGAAACAUUGAACACAUUAGUGUUUGUAUUAAACAACUACAAUAUUCUUCCAAAGGGCACGGUGGCAAGUACAAAAUGAAUAAUGCCGGUUUCAAAGGGUAAUAAAUAAUACUUCCUAAAUGGCUGAAAAUGGCAUUUUAACAGCAUGUGGAAAGUGUUAUUUUAAGAGUUGUUGCACUGCACAAUGGCAGAGUAUUAAUUAAUGUAAAAGUUUGUUCAUACAUUACCAGCCUAUAUGAAAAUGGAGAAGGAGCAUUUACAUUCCGAAAAGCAUCCACUUGGUGCUUACUGUUAAAAUGUUUGUAUACUUUUAGACAUCAUAUAGUUUCAUCUGUGUCGAGGGCUGAAAUAUAAAAAGUAUGAAAUUUCCCCCGCUUGUUGUUUUUGCAGGGUUGUGUAUAUAUGUUCUUGUUACUGUUUACAUUACUUGAAGCUGUGGCCUUUGUCUUAGACUAUAGUAAUCUAUCUUGUGUGUACAGAUACUCAUCUGUCAAUGAUUGCACUGUUGUUUGUCCUGAAAACUUGAACAAUUUUGAUAAGACUCCUAAUUUAAUUAAAGACGUUCUUUAAACUGCA